CCUCCAUAUCAUGUGAUUCAGGUGUUCCAAUCCCCUCCAUAUCAUGUGAUUCAGGUGUUCCAAUCCCCUCCCAAUCAUGUGAUUCAGGUGUUCCAAUCCCCUCCAUAUCAUGUGAUUCAGCUUUUCCAAUCCCCUCCCAAUCAUGUGAUUCAGGUGUUCCAAUCCCCUCCCAAUCAUGUGAUUCAGGUGUUCCAAUCCCCUCCAUAUCAUGUGAUUCAGGUGUUCCCAUCCCCUCCAUAUCAUGUGAUUCCGGUGUUCCAAUCCCCUCCAUGGACACAGGUGUAUACAAUCAAGCCCCUAGGCAUGCAGACUGCUUCUACAAAC